AUGGCCAUUGCCGCCGUCGGCAUGGGCCCACUGGACACGUUCAUCAUCAACCGCACCUACUUGAGGCCGUACAGCACCCCCGUCGUCCCCCUGUUCCCCGGCAUCCCGCUCACACAGCGCACCAAGCUGCUCCAGUCCCUCGGGAAGACGUACGCCGUCGCGCUCGCUUUCGCUGCGUGGGCGUUCCUGUUCGCCCUGUGGAUGUGGGCCGAUAAGUACCAGGUCAUGGACGACAUGGAGUGGAGGGCGCACAAGGAGGAGGAGAGGCGCGCGAGGGAGGAGAGGAGCUCGCUGCGACGCGAGGAGAACGAGAAGGGCGAGGAGGUAGAGAUGAUGUACCCCCGCAAGCUGUGGCCCGGUAGCACCAAGAGCAGCUCCAAGUCGUCAAGACGCGCCAGUCUCGACAGCACAAGACCGCCAUCGUACACGUCCGAGGCCACACCAUUGUACAAGGGCUGCGAGAUCAAGUAG